AUGUAAUAAUCAAUUAAUUUAUGUUGGUGUCAUAUUUGCAAAAAAUAAUUUGAAUAAUCAGUUUCUACAGAUCUUAUGAAAUGUGCCUUUUGCUAAUAAGAAUUUUGUGAAAUUAUUGAUCCUUCAAAUGAUCCUCGAGGUUUCGUUCCUUUUGGGGAAAAUUCUUUACAGAAUUAAUCACAAACAUAAUCAUAAACAUAAUAAAGACAACAACCAUAAACUAUUAUUCAUAUUACUAGAAAUUAAAUUCCCAUUAGAUUUUAAUAAAGAACAAAUGUAUUUGAUAAUCUUUUACAAUUAAUGUUUCCAAAUACUCCAUUUUAACCUCAAUCAAUAGAAUAGCUUAUUGAAUUUAUUAGUCGGAAUGAUCCCAAUAGAUAUGGGUAUAAAUUAUAUUAUAUUAAGAUCUCCUCCCGCAUCUUAAAAAGCAAUUGAUGCACUCUAAAAAGUUAAUUUAUAAUCGGAAUGCUGUACUGUUUGUUAAGAAGAAUAUCAAUUAUAAUAAGCCUUAUAAAUGCCUUGUAAUCAUCAUUUUCAUUCAGAAUGCUUAAUCCCUUGGCUAAAACAACAUAAUAGUUGUCCAGUAUGCAGGUAUGAAUUAGAAACAGACGAUGAAGACUACAAUAAGAGAAAAAACUUUAAAUGA